AUGAACUCAUUAAUUCUUUAUUUCUUUCAUUUGUCAAGUCUUUCUUUCUUUCUUUCUUUCUUUCUUUCUUUCUUCCAUGAACUCAUUAAUUCUUUACUUCUUUCAUUUAUCAAGUCUUUCUUUCUUUCUUUCUUCCAUGAACUCAUUAAUUCUUUAUUUCUUUCAUUUGUCAACUCAUUAAUUCUUUUCUUUCUUUCAUUUUUCAUGAACUCAUUUUCUUUUUUCUUUCAUUUAUCAAUUUCUUUUCUUUCUUUCUUUCUUUCUUUCUUUCUUUCUUUCUUUCUUUCAUCCAUGAACUCAUUAAUUCUUUAUUUCUUACAUUUGUCAAGUCUUUCUUUCUUUCUUUCUUUCUUUCUUUCUUUCUUUCAUGAACUCAUUAAUUCUUUAUUUCUUUCAUUUGUCAAGUCUUUCUUUCUUUCUUUCUUUCUUUCUUUCUUUCAUGAACUCAUUAAUUCUUUACUUCUUUCAUUUAUCAAGUCUUUCUUUCUUUCUUUCUUUCUUUCUUUCUUUCUUUCUUUCUUUCUUUCUUUCUUUCUUUCUUUCUUCUCCUGUGACUCUAUUUGUUUCUAUAUCCAUUUCUCCCUCCAUUUGUAA